UCAGAGGGUUUCAGUGUGGAGCAGGGAGGGCUGGCUGUUGGAGCAGUCUACUGAUGCAGCUCAGGGCUUGCUGAUCUGUGAGGUUGCUCAUACACAGGUUAUUACGUGCUGCAUGAUGCCUGUGGAAUUAGAAGCAUCGCUGAAGACGUACUCCAUUCGCAACCUGUCGUCAAUGAGGUACCGAGAGCAGUCUGAGGAAGAUGGGGUGGAGGACAUGACCCAGCUGGAGGAUCUCCAUGAAGCCUCUGUACUCUACAACCUUAAACAAAGGUUUGGUAGAGAAUUAAUUUAUACAUACAUUGGCAGCAUCCUGGUGUCUAUAAACCCCUAUAAGAUGAACAAUAUCUACGGGACAGACGCAGUGCUGCAGUACGAGGGGAGAGCGCUGGGAGAGAACCCUCCCCACCUUUUUGCUAUUGCAAAUGUUUCUUACACAAAAAUGAUGGAUGCCAAACGGAACCAAUGCAUUAUAAUCAGUGGUGAAAGUGGCUCUGGCAAGACAGAAGCCACGAAGCUAAUCCUCCGGUACCUGGCAGCGAUUCAUCACAAACGCAACAUCACACAACAGAUUGAGAUUCUUGAAUCAACACCCUUAUUGGAAUCAUUUGGAAAUGCCAAAACUGUUAGGAACGAUAACUCAAGCAGGUUUGGGAAAUAUGUGGAGAUCUUUCUGGAGGAGGGAGUGAUCAGCGGUGCCAUAACCUCACAGUAUCUUCUGGAGAAGUCUAGGAUUGUAUUUCAGGCCAAAAAUGAAAGAAACUACCACAUUUUCUAUGAGAUGCUUGCAGGCCUUUCUGCUCAACAAAAACAGAAGUUGUGCAUCCAGGAGGCAGAGACGUACUAUUACCUCAACCAGGGAGGCAACUGUGAAAUUGCUGGGAAGAGCGACGCUGAGGACUUCCGCAGGCUCCUGAGCGCGAUGGAGAUCCUGGGAUUCGGUGCCGAGGACCAGAACAGUAUCUUCAGGGUCCUGUCCUCCAUCCUCCACCUCGGGAACAUUUACUUUGAGAAAUCUGAGAUAGACUCCCAGGAGGUGGCGUCGGUGGUCAGUGCCCAGGAGAUCCGCGCGGUGGCUGAACUUCUGCAGAUCUCCCCAGACGGGCUGCAGAAGUCCAUCACCUUCAAAGUAACUGAGACAAUGAGGGAGAAAAUCUUCACUCCCCUGACAGUGGAAAGUGCAGUUGAUGCCAGAGAUGCCAUUGCCAAGAUCCUGUACUCACUUCUCUUCAACUGGCUCACAGAUAAAAUAAAUCAAGUGGUGUACCCAAAGAACGAGGCUGUGUCUAUCGCCAUCCUCGACAUCUACGGAUUUGAGGAUCUCAGCUUGAACAGCUUUGAGCAGCUGUGCAUCAACUAUGCAAACGAGUACCUGCAGUUCUUUUUUAACAAGAUUAUCUUCAAGGAGGAACAGGAUGAGUAUACUAGAGAGCAGAUCGACUGGAAGGAAAUCUCCUUUAGUGACAACCAGCCCUGCAUUGACCUUGUUGCCCAAAAGCCUUACGGGAUCCUCAGGAUUCUUGAUGACCAGAGCUGUUUCCCCCAGGCGACGGACAACACCUUCCUUCAGAAGUGUCACUACCACCACGGCAGCAACCCCUUGUACUCCAAGCCAAAGAUGCCUCUGCCUGAAUUCACCAUCAAGCAUUUUGCUGGCAAAGUCACUUACCAAGCUCACAAGUUCCUGGAUAAGAACCACGAUCAGGUCCGUCAGGAUGUUCUGGAGCUCUUUGUCAGCAGUAAGAACAAGAUGGUGGCAAACCUGUUCUCGAACCACAGGCACACCCUGAGCCAGCAGAAGAACAUCAUGAGCAAGAGCAGCACCAUCACCCGCCGUUACCAGGCCCCCACCGUGGCAGCCAAAUUCCAGCAAUCGCUCCUGGAGCUUGUGGAGAAAAUGGAGAGGUGCAGUUCUUUCUUUGUGCGCUGUAUCAAGCCAAACAAUAAAAAGGAGCCAAGCCUGUUUGAAACAGAAGUUGUUAGCACCCAGCUGCGCUACUCUGGCAUCAUGGAGACCAUCCGGAUCAGGAAGGAAGGCUAUCCUGUCCGGGUCCCAUUCCAGACCUUCAUAAACCGGUACAAGUCUCUUCUGGGGUCGAAGCAGGAGAUCCUGCCAGACGGAGAGAGCUGUGCAGCGAUGCUCAAGAUGCUGUGUCCGGUCAAAAAAGGGAUGUACCAAGUUGGGGUCAGCCAGUUCUUCAUGAAAGAGGAAUUGCACCAGCUCUUGGAGAGCAAGCGUGACCGUGUCCUCCACGUGGCGGCGCUCACGCUGCAGCGCUACACACGCAUGUUCCUGGUGAGGAGGCAGUACCAGUCCUUGCGCAGGAAGAUCAUCAGACUGCAGGCUCACUCCCGGGGGUGCAUGACCAGAAAACGUUUUGUGAAAAUGAAAGCGAACCUGAUCAAGUUCCGCUCCCUAAUCCACAUGUACGUAAACCGCAAGAGAUACAUCAAGAUGAAGGAAGAAGCUCGCAGAUGCGCAGAAGAAGAGCAGAAGCAAAUUGAAAUGGAGCUGACAAAGAGAGAAGUUGUCAACGUGACACACUUGGUCAUUCCAGCAGAGCUAGGAGGUUUACUGCAGGCCGUGGCAGGUGAGAAAGAAGUCCAUUCGGAUUGUCUGGCCCUGGUGCAGGCUCCCAACGUGCAGGAGGAGUCCCAGCUUACACUGCCCCUGGAUAUCAACAACUACCCCAUCUCCAAAUACGUGCAGGUGCACUUUAAGGAGCCUUACUUUGGUAUGCUGACAGCCCCCCUCGAAUCCCCUUUGUCCCAUGUGGAGGAUGAUCUCAAGCAGGAAGCCGUGGAUGUCUUUAUCAUGGUCCUGCGGUUUAUGGGGGACCCUCACCUCAAUGGUGCUCAGGAGAACCUGUUUGGGAACUACAUCAUUCAAAAGGGGCUGUCCACUCCGGGGUUACGGGACGAGAUCCUCUCUCAAAUAGCCAAUCAGGUCUGGAAGAACACCAACAACGUCAAUGCCGAGCGAGGCUGGCUCCUAUUGACUGGCUGCCUGAGUGCCUUUGCACCAUCUCCUAAACUGGAAAAAUGCCUUCUCAAGUAUGUCUCAGAUCACGCCUAUGAUGGAUACAAGUCUGUUUGCCAGCACAGGCUGAUGCAGGCUAUGCAGAAGUCCCAGUAUAGCCCGGGGGCAGCAAGGACCUAUCCCCUUACUCUGCUGGAGUGGACAGCCAAUAGGAAGAGGGCUAGCAUGGUCCUGCAGGUGUACUGCUUUGAUGGUGAGAACUUCUUGGGUCCAGUUCACUCCUGGACCACAGGAGAGGAGCUGGCAGGAGAUAUACUCCGGCACAGGGCAGUCUCGGAGGGCUGGAGAGGCUGGUCAGUCUGCAUGAAGGAACAGAGUCAGUGGGCAGAGCUGGCCGGGCACGACUACGUCAUGGAUCUGAUUUCAGAUCUGGAGUUAAUGACCGACUUCCCCAAACAGAAAUCCUACUUCCUCAUCUCCGCGGAGGGCCAAGCCAGAGCCAGAUCCAACGGCAAAGUCAUUGUGUUUGGAAAUGGCUUUGAAUCUGAUGAGGACACCCUCAUGCCCCAGGCUGUGAGAGCCAGCGCCAUGCCGUCUUCCAGCCUGCCAGAUGGAUACUACAGCCGUGACUUGGACACAUUCAGCGAGCCUCCUUCUCAGAAGGGAAUGGACCGCUACCUCGACAGCCUGUUUGAUCCAGUCUUGUCGUCUGGAAACGGGGACCUGGAAAAGCCGUCCACUAUGUCUACCAGGAUGAAGGGGGGAGGCAAGGUUGGUGGCAGGACCAGGGACUGGGAGCAGCCCAAUACCACUGGCCCUGCUCCCUCUGGGCAGCCCACAGUAGUGCCAGUGAUGUCAGUGAUGGGAGGGAUGAUGCCCGGGAUGCAGGCAAUGCCCAUCAUGCCAACAUUCCCUAACACACCAGGUAACAGUGGAACAUUCCCUAACAUGCCAGGUAACAGUGGAACAUUCCCUAACAUGCCAGGUAACAGUGGAACAUUCCCUAACAUGCCAGGUAACAGUGGAACAUUCCCUAACAUGCCAGGUAACAGUGGAAUUACUGGAAACCUGCCAAACAGGGCAUGCUUGGAUCAGUCCCUACUGGGACAGCAACAAGCCUUCAUCAACCAGCAAGCUUUGAUGCUGGCCCAGCAGAUGACUAUGCAAGUCAUGGCUCUCCAGCAGCAGAUGACCAGUCCGCUGUCCAGUCCUGUCAGCAGCUACCCCACCAGCCCACUCUUCCAGUUCCCCUACAGCACCUCCGCAGUGCCCCCCCUCCCCAGGGCUGCAGUGCCAGCUCCGAAUAAACCACCAAGAUCUACCCAUGCCAAACCAGUAGCCUUCCCAGCCCCCAGUAAGGAGAAGCCAGCCGUCAAGUCCACUCCUGCCUCCUCCGGUCCCCCCCGCGUCGCCCCAGCACAGGAGCCUGUGAGUCACAUGGUCGUUAACUCUGAACCCUUCCCGGAGCCGAGUCACAACAUCAAGGACAUCAUCAAGCAGUACCAGCCACCCGCUCCGCACAGCAACAAGCUAGUCAGAAAGGAGCCUGGGAAGGUGUUUGUGAAGAAGCUUGAUCCCCACGAUGAAGCCAUGUUGAUCUUGAAGCAGCAGAUGCCUCCUCAGACACAACAGAAGAAGGCCCCUGAUGCUACUCCUGCUGCCCCCCCUGUCGCCAGCCCUGCCUCUCGCCCUGUCGCCCGCCCUGCUGCCAGCCCUGCUCCUCGCCCUGCCACUCGCCCUGCUGCCAGCCCUGCCGCCCGCCCCUCUGUUGCCACAGACAAGGGAUCCCAGGAAAUGGUUGCCAAGUUGAAACCUGUCACCAGUACCAAGCUAAAGAAAGCCACGCCCCCAGUGCCAGCAGGGUCUGCACAGAGCUCCUCCACCACGGCAGCGGUCUCCAGGCAGCUUCCAGUGGAAGAUGAGAAGAUCCAAACCCAGUUACACAGGAAGAGCAGCGAGGAGUACUACACCUACAACAACGUGCCCUGGAAGAUCUACAUCAGGAAGGAGGUUUUCUAUCCUAAAGACAGCUUUAACAAUCCUUUAGUGCUGGAUCUCAUCUUCAAACAGAUUGUGAACGAUGCAUUCUCAGAAGGCUGCAUCAGGAUCACAAAAGAGGAACGGUUGAAAAUGAGGGCGUUGUUAGCUGAAAACAAGGUGGAUCUGAGCUCUGUGAUCAGAGAGGAGAGCAUCAAGAAGAGAGUGGUCACUGCGGCCAGAGACACCUGGGAUGUCUACUUCUCACACCUCUUCCCUGCCACUGGCAGUGUUGGCACAGGGGUGCAGAUCCUGGCUGUGUCCCACCAGGGCAUCAAGCUGCUGAAGGUGAUCAAGAGCAAUGGGACCAUCGCAGAGCAUUUCAGGGUCCUCCGAGCCUACAGCUACACCGACAUCAUGUUUGUGACCAUCCCCUCAAAGAACAUGCUGGAGUUCAACCUGACCAACGAGAAGCUCAUUCUGUUUUCAUCCAGAGCCCCGCACGUCAAGAACAUGAUCGACCACUUCAUCACCGAGCUCAAGAAGGACUCGGACUAUGUGGUCGCCGUCAGAAAUUAUGUCACAGACGACAGGGCUCUGCUCAGCUUCCAUAAGGGUGACAUCAUCCAUUUACAGCCAAUGGAUGGCCUUGAGACAGGCUGGAAGUUUGGGGCGAUCCACGGCCGGGCGGGGAUAUUCCUGAUGGAGUACGUUCAGCCCGUGGCAGCACCGGACUUCAUCAAACUGCCUGUGGACAGGAAGGAGGAGCUCAAGAACAAGCAGGGCAAGGUGGCAGCGUCGGCCGCAGUGGCGGUGGCUGUGGUGUCCGCGGCUGCAGUUCACGAACUAGACCGAACCACUGAGGAGUCUCCGGCAGUCAGCCAGUACACAGAGGCUCUGUGGGACUACCCUGGCGUGGAGCUGGACGAAGCAAUCCUGCAGGACAGCCAGUACGCCAUGGUGGAGUUUGCCAAGAAAUACUUCAGGGAAGCCCAGAGGAAAAAGAGUGAAUCAUUUAAGCAGAAAUCGAAGAAAGGGAAAGGCUUACGAGACCCUGCUGAUAUGGUGAAGUAUACCAAGUCUCCAAUCCAGGAGUCCCUGAUUGAUUUCAGUGAUGACAACAUGAACAAAGUUGCAGCAGAAGUUUUCCUCGCAAUCAUGAAGUUCAUGGGAGAUUACCCUCUGAAGGGGCACACUGAGCAGGAUGUCAUCGGCAUCAUUUUAAAGCACUGUGGAGAGCAUGCAGUCAUGAAGGAUGAAACAUACUGCCAGAUCAUCAAACAGGUCACCUGCAACACCAGCUCCAAACCGGACAGCUGCCAGAGAGGGUGGAGGAUCCUGUACAUAGUGACAGCGUACUACAGGUGCUCUGAGGUCCUUAAACCCUUCCUCUUACGAUUCCUACAGGACAUCUGCAGGAGUCCAGGGCUCCAAUUCCAAGGGAUCGCUAAGGCUUGCGAACAGAACCUGAGAAAGACUUUCCGGUUCGGGGGCCGCAUUGACUUACCCAGCGGGAUGGAACUCAAGGCCAUGGUGGCUGGUAGGAGCUCAAAGCGGCAGCUGUUUCUACUACCAGGAGGAAUCGAGAGACACCUUAAAAUCAAAACUUGCUCUGUUGCCCUUGAUGUCAUAGAGGAGCUGUGCUAUGAAAUGGCCCUGCACAGACCUGAGGCCCUGGAUGAGUAUGCCAUCUUCGUGGUUACAAACAGAGGCCAGAAUGUCCGUCCCUUGAACAAGAAGGAAUACAUCCUGGACAAAGCCACAGAGGCGGAGCAGAUAGACAGCAACUACAGUUUGUGGUUCAGGAGAGUGAUCUGGUCCCAGCCCCUGAAGUUUGACAAUGAGCUUUAUGUCACCAUGCACUACAAUCAGGUCCUCCCAGAUUACCUGAAGGCUCUUCUCACCGUGCUCUCCCAGGGGAAGGUGAGCGAGCCGCAGCUGCAGCAGGUGUCCAAGCUGGCAGCUCUGCAACACCGCGCCAAGGACAGCAUCUACCUCCCCACCGUCCGGGAGGUGCAGGAGUAUAUCCCGCCCCAGUUUUUUGGGCAGCAGCGGCCGCAGCCCUGGCUGAACAUGGUGACCCAGCACAUGCAGCAGGUCCAGGCUCUGAGUCCUCACCAGGCCCGGGCACAGUUCCUAGGCCUGGUGAGUGCAUUCCCAAUGUUUGGGUCCUCCUUCUUCUACAUCCAGAGCAGCAGUAAUAGCUCCAUCGUCUCUCCCUGUGUCCUGGCCAUAAACCAGAACGGACUCAACUUCCUCAACAAGGAGACCCAUGAGCUGACGGUGAAGUUUCCUCUGAAAGAAGUGCAGUCCACCCGAACCCAGAGGCCAACAGCAGGCUCCAGCGUCCCCUACGUGGAGAUCAUGCUGGGGGACCUGAUGUCACAGCGCAUCACACAGCUGCAACUCGAACAGGGGUUGGAGCUGUGUCGUGUCAUUGCCAUGCACAUGGAUAACCUCCUGUCUGCCUGUGAGAAGAGACUGACUCUCCCACCUAGUGAAAUCACUCUGCUCUAACCAGCCGCUCUCCCCCGACACAACUGGGGGGCCACUCCACAACUGAUUUAACCCAGAACAUGUGUGCUAACCAUUGGUAUUAAUUUAGCUAUCACUCCCAACCCUCAAUCAUGCAUGCCAUUUCAUAGAAAGCUGACCAGUAUUUUACUUUGUUUUGUACAUUGUUUUUUAAAUCAUCCUUCCCUUUACGUUUACCUUUAAACCUUUAAAUAAUAUAUAUUCAAAAACAAAGGUGCAAUAUAAAGUAGAUCCAUGUUAUAAUUUUUUUUCUUUCUUUGUCUUGAGUUUCACACUUCUUUUACAACAUUUGCACUUCAUAUUUUUAUACACGUUGAGUUUUUUUUUGUCUGAUGGAUCAGGUAAAGAGAAAAAUAGUAAUAUUUUUGUAAAAAUUAUUUAAAAUGUAUUUUACAGUAAUCUGUAAAGACUUUUUUUUUUACUUAUUGUUUGU